AUGAGUUCCAAGCCACAGUCCAUAGGGGUCAUUGGAGCUCCUUUCUCAAAGGGCCAGCCACGAGGAGGGGUGGAAGAAGGCCCUACAGUACUGAGAAAGGCUGGUCUGCUUGAGAAACUUAAAGAACUAGAGUGUGAUGUGAAAGAUUACGGGGACCUGUCCUUUGCCGAUAACCUUGAUGACAGUCCCUUUCAAAGGGUGAAGAAUCCAAGGUGUGUGGGAAAAGCAAAUGAAAAGCUGGCUGAUGUGGUGGCGGAAGUCAAGAAGACUGGAAGGAUCAGCCUUGUCCUGGGCGGAGACCACAGUUUGGCGAUUGGUAGCAUCUCUGGCCAUGCCAGGGUCCACCCAGAUCUCUGUGUCAUUUGGGUGGAUGCUCACACUGACAUCAACACUCCACUGACAACCGCAAGUGGGAACUUGCAUGGACAACCUGUGUCUUUCCUUGUGAAGGAACUAAAGGAAAAGAUGCCCGAGGUCCCAGGAUUCCACUGGUUGGCUCCCUGCAUAUCUGCCAAAGACAUUGUGUAUAUUGGUCUGAGAGAUGUGGACCCUGGGGAACACUAUAUUUUAAAAACUCUGGGAAUUAAAUACUUUUCAAUGACUGAAGUGGAUAAACUGGGAAUUGGCAAGGUGAUGGAAGAAACAUUCAGCUAUCUACUAGGAAGAAAGAAAAGGCCAAUUCAUUUGAGCUUUGAUGUUGAUGGACUGGACCCGUCUUUCACGCCAGCUACUGGCACACCAGUCCAGGGAGGUCUGACUUACAGAGAAGGUCUCUACAUCACAGAAGAAAUUUACAAAACAGGUUUACUCUCAGGAUUAGAUAUAAUGGAAGUGAAUCCAUCUCUGGGGAAGACACCAGAAGAAGUGACUCGAACAGUGAACACAACAGUAGCAAUAACCAUGGCUUGCUUUGGGGUUGCUCGAGAGGGUAACCACAAACCUAUUGAUUACCUUAGACCACUAAAGUAA